AUGGUUGACACAACUUUUCUUGCAUUUCCAACAUCAUUUGCUAAUUUGAAUACUGAAAUUUCUUUAUAUUUUUGUGAUAAUUGUAAAUCUGAAACACCUGAUAUCGUCGAAGAUUAUGCACGAGGUGACCUUAUCUGUAGAGAUUGUGGCUAUGUUGUCUCCGAUAGGAUCAUCGAUGAAGGUGCCGACUUUCGUAACUUUGCAGACUCUCUCGAUGACAAUAGUAGAGUUGGUUACACUGCUGACCCUCUGCUGAGAGUUGCCGACCUCACAACUACAAUCUCCUAUCAACCCUCUACAAGCUCUUCCUCAACUACGGGCAGCAAUCUAGCUCGCCAACAAUCGAAAAUAAAUACAUCACAAUCCAACAAGAAUCUAAUCUCUGGCUUCUCAGAGAUCGAAAGAAUCGCAGACCACUUUGCAGCUGCAUUCUACUAUGCCAGUCGACAGCAAGGAAUGACAAGAACCAUUGCAGAGAUCAUCAACGUCAUCAGAGUCUCAAAGAAAGAUAUCUCGAGAUGUAUGAAGAUAAUGAAAUCCAGACUGCCAUCGGAUGAAAUGACAACGAAAUCACUUACCACCGACGAUUUUGUUAGUAGAUUCUGUAACAAUCUCGGGCUCUCUAAAGAUAUAGUCAAAUACUCGACAUUCAUUACAAACAAACUGGCCGAACUGCAAGUCAUGGACGGUAGGAAUCCAUUGUCUUGUGCAGCUGCCAGUAUUUACUUUUCUACCAAACUCUACGGAAUAAAAACAACCCUCAAAAUGGUUUCAGAUAUAAGUGGUAUUACAUCAGUGACCAUAUCAAACAACUAUAGAGAGAUGUUAAAAUUUAAACAAUCUCUACUAGCACCGAAUUGCCAAAAUCUAAAGAGUAAAUUGGAAAUGUUAAAUUAA